CGCCGCCCUCCGCCAAUUGACUCAUCUUGGGAGUCACAGACGACCGCUCUGCGAAGACAACCGACUUGGUCUUAAGAUACUCUUGUCGGCGCUUCCAUUUUCUACUCCUCCGCCAACAUCACGAACUUGCGCUCCAAGUUUGUUAUCUACAGGCCUUGAAGUCUUCUCCCUACACUCCUUCAGCACCGCCGCACCGCUCCCCCAUCUCACCCUGCCCACCAUGGCGGGCAAAGAGCUGUCUCCGCAGGAGAAGCUCGCCUUGAUCAAAGACCAGUUGCAGGAGGUUCUACACGAAGAUAUCCUGGAAAAUGUCAUUCUGAAAGAGCAGAGACCAUUGAUAAUCUACUGGGGCACUGCUACGACAGGAAGACCGCACUGCGGCUACUUCGUGCCGAUGAUGAAAAUUGCGCACUUCCUCCGAGCGGGCUGUCGGGUCAAGAUCCUCCUUGCGGACAUUCACGGGUUUCUCGACAAUUUGAAAGCGCCAAUCGAACUGGUCAAAUUCCGGGCGGAAUACUACAAAUACAUUAUUCAAUCCCUCCUCAAGGCAGUCGGUGUGAGUUUGGAGAAGUUGGAAUUCGUUCUCGGCUCCUCCUACCAGUUAAGUGCAGAUUAUACCAUGGAUGUCUUUCGACUGAGUAGCGUGGUCACAGAGCAUGAUGCCAAGAAGGCUGGUGCUGAGGUCGUCAAACAGGUUGAAAAUGCCACAUUAUCGGGGUUGAUCUAUCCGUUGAUGCAGGCACUAGAUGAGCAGCAUUUGGGGGUCGAUGCACAGUUUGGUGGAGUUGAUCAGCGCAAAAUCUUUGCUCUGGCGCAAGAGACACUCCCCAAGAUUGGCUACAAAGAACGAGCACACUUGAUGAAUCCCAUGGUGCCCGGUCUGGCUGGAGGCAAAAUGUCUGCAUCAGACCCCGACUCCAAAAUUGACAUUCUCGACACGGCUGAGGUAGUCAGAAAGAAGCUCCGCAAAGCCUAUGCCGCCGCAGGAGAAGUCGAAGGAAAUGGCCUGAUAUCUUUCGUCGAGUAUGUGUUACUGCCCAUUAGCGCUCUUCGGGAUCCGGAGGGAAAAGGAACCUUCGUGUGCGAGAGAAGAGAAGGAGAAGGAGAGCCGCUGGUUUAUCAUGAUAUCGAGACCUUGAAGGGGGAUUACCAAGCCGACAAGCUCACCCCACAAUUGCUCAAAUCUGGCGCUUCUGCUGCUCUUGUGGAGUUGCUGGCUCCUAUUCAGGCCGAAUUCCAGGCAUCACCGGAAUGGCAAGAGAUUGAGAGGAAAGCCUACCCUCCUCCCGAGCCUGCGAAGAAGAAGAAGCAACCCAAGGACAAAGGCUCGAGAUACCCAGGCACGGCCAAUGUCACAGCCAAACCAGACGGAUCGAUCGAAGGCAAGGGGAAGGAACGAGUUGAGGUGGGAAAGACAGCAGAGGAGGCAAUGUCGAACCUGGAUAUCAACGGUCAAGCUUCAUGAGCAGUGGAAAUAGAGGUCACCCCCUCACAGGAACCUUUUCGACGUCCUCUCACCGGCCUCAGCAGUGGAUGGGGUUCUCGAUGCAUUCGCAGGGUAUGCAGACCUGGAAGAUGAGUAAAUGGAGGAUCUGGGAGAGCCCGAUGAGUGCGAUUGAAGGACGCUCCAGUGCAAAGCGACAGAUCACAUCGAGGCAAGAGGUCUCCCGCUGCCGUCGCAAACGAUCAAUCUCUCCGCAACGUGGUACGUAGAACCUGCCGCUGCAAGAAUUGAGAACCCCUGGACCGUUUCAUUAGCUGAAACGGGUAGAAAUCUCGAACGUCGAUAGAAUGAAAAGUGUGCUGCGGCCGGAGUAAUUGUGGAUUGUGUGAUGAGAUGUUCUCUAUACUCGAUGCUCCAUACCUGG